AUGCAUACCGUCCCAGGACCGUUGCCGACCUACAACCAGGUCACAAAACAUAACCUGGCGCAGAUGCAACCCAUGAUCGUCCACUUACUCAAGGAAGCCGCAUUCAUCGCUCUUGAUGCCGAAUUCACAGGACUGGGCUCAUCCUCGCAGAUCACUCGAGCAAAGGAUAUCCAAGAGCGGUAUCAGCACCUUUGUGCGCUCGCCAAAGGUCAUGCCCUCGUGGCCUUUGGUCUUUCCUUGUUCAUCAAGACCGAGUCUUCGUCAAAGACUGGUCAAGACAAGGGUGGUUAUAAUGUGGAUAUGGAUGAUGCUGGACAACAACAGAGCAAAGGCAAGAAGAGGCGAAGCAAUGAGUUCGAGCGGGCCUACAGGGUCCACAACUUUAACUUUUCUAUGCUCGUCGAAAGAGAUUACAUGGUCAGCCCAAACAGCAUGCUCUUUCUCGCCGAAAAUGGACUGGACCUGAACCAAUGGAUCAUGGAAGGCAUUCCUUAUACUGGAGGCGACCGUUUGACAAAUGAAGGAGGCAGAGGCAACCCUAAUGGCAUUAUGCGAUCGAUCUUCAAACGAAUCAUGACAAAGCAAGUCCCCGUCGUGGUUCACAAUGGCUUCUUGGACCUCAUCUUUCUCUACCACAGUUUUUACGCGGAUCUGCCACCCAAGUUGUCGACCUUUCUUGCCGACUUGUCAGACAUGUUCCCAGGAGGGCUUUUCGACACGAAAUACAUCUCAGAUUACAUGACGAGGGAGCGGUCAAGUUUUCUGGCGUACCUGUUCCGAAAGUACGAUAGAGAAGAUACACGGAUGCGGGAUGAGGAUAUACCUACACGGCUCUAUUCGACCUUUGACAUUCAGCCCAGACUCCCCUUGCCACCAUUGCCAGAUACCACUGCGCCGGAACCUGUCAAGUCUGGAUCACAAGUGCCAUACUGCGAAGAUUAUGCCUUCCAUGGGGUGUGCAAGAAAAAGAUGCGGUGCGGGAAAUCACACGAUCUGGACUUGAUUCUGGAUGCAGAGGAAAAGGAGCGGGAUUCCAAAAAGAGACGGAAACAUAAGCAUGAGCCAUCGACUGUUGAAGCGCAGACCCCAUCGCAGCCAGAAACAGAAGGAACCCCGGGAACGACCGUGGAAUCCUCGGAGGGCGCAGGGUUGUUGUCGUUGGCAGAGGCAACCGUUGCUAUUGAGACUGACCAACUAGCCAACAACACUACAAGCUCUACAACUCCAACUGCGGCUUUUGUCACCCCGGCAGUAACAGAAGCCACCGCUAGCCCAACACAACCACAGAAAACAGCAGUAACAUCAGCGAGCUCCCCUGUUACUAAGGAGACCGAGAAUGUGGUUCAGCCAGGCGAAAAGUUCCACUCGGCCUACUACGACGCCUUCAUGACGGGAACUAUCUUUCUGCACCAAUUGCACCACCACGAGAUUGAAACUGUCGAGUCCCAGGCCAAAAAUAAGAUCUACCUCAUCGGAAAGUCCUUCCCCCUCAACGUUGAGAAGAGCACUUUCACUAAGUAUAGCCCUUCACACGAAAGACAACGGGCGCAAUAA